CUGGAAGGCCGCAAAGGCGCGUCCACGAGCAAAAGACAUGGUCGACGUUGCAAUUCCGAGCCUUGGCGUGACACGGAAAUCUGUGGGUCACGGUGCGUGACGUGACUCUGGCCAAUCGUGUCACUAGAAUUCAUCAACAGUCUGUCUCUGACCGGGACCAUCACCAUGUCGGCCACCAAGGCAAAAACAAAGCCUCCUCAGCUAUCGGAGCAGGAGAUUCUGCAGACGUUUAAUCGGUACCAGAGCGAUCUUCGAAACCUCGCAGGAAAGAUUGGUGAACUGGAAUCAGAGGCUGAUGAGCAUGGGCUUGUCCUCACGACUCUCAAUGAAGCACUGACGGAGGAGCCGGAUCGCAAAUGCUUCCGCCUUAUCGGGGGAGUUCUGGUUGAACGGACCGUGAAGGAUGUCGUACCUGCUCUUACUAUGAAUAGGGAUGGGAUACUUCAGGCCGUGGGUAAUCUCGCUGAGCAGUACAAAACAAAAGAGAAGGAGCUUGACGCGUUCAAAGAAUUGUACAAAAUCAGACCUGUUGCUGGACCGUAA